AUGCAAUUCAGUUUGCGGAGAAGCCCCGUCCGUCGUCUUUCCCCGGGCUAUCUGAUGCCGAACCCACUUCCGGAAAUGUUUUCUUUCCUCUUACGAACCUUGCACCUCCCCGUCCAUCUAUAUGUCUAUCUUUUGUUCACACCCUUCAUCCACCCCCAACAGAGUAACUCCUCUAUUCCUCUUUUCUCUGUCAUGCUGCCUGUCAGUCUGUCCUGUUUGCUCCAUUUGUUUCCUCGAAUUGUCGUUAUAGGGAACAUUUUCUCUCUCUUUGACUCUCUCCGUGGAAUAAAAGCCCCCUUCUCAUCCACCCUAAAAAUACACCCCCUGCAAACAAUACCGCUUUUUAUUUUCGCACGUAUCAUUACAAAUCUUACUCGACACUUCUUUUCACUUAAGACCCUUUGUGCCGAGCGCACAUACCUAUUUACGUCUGCCCGCCAUGAUAUUAUUAAACGAGCGUACAUAUUCUCAAUACCAGUUGUCAUUCAUAAAAGCACGCAUGCGCUCUCGAACUCUUUUAGUGAUACUGAAGCCUUGGAUUGUCUUUUUAAAUUUCUUUAUUGGCCUUUGAUUUUUUUCUAUAUUUUUCAUAUUACCCUCUCCUUUCGUUCUAUCUAUCUAUCUAUCUAUCUAUCUAUCUAUCUAUCUAUCUAUCUAUCUAUCUAUCUAUCACAGUUCCUUCCUUCCUCCCUUCCUUCCUUCCUUCCUUCCUUCCUUCCUUCCUUCCUAUCUAUCUAUCUAUCUAUCUAUCUAUCUAUCUAUCUAUCUAUCUAUCUAUCUAUCUAUCCUUCCUUCACUUCCUUCCUUCCUUCCUUCCUUCCUUCCUUCCUUCCUUCCUUCCCAUCUAUCUUCCAUCUAUCUAUCUAUCUAUCUAUCUAUCUAUCACAGUUCCUUCCUUCCUCCCUUCCUUCCUUCCUUCCUUCCUUCCUUCCUAUCUAUCUAUCUAUCUAUCUAUCUAUCUAUCUAUCUAUCUAUCUAUCUAUCUAUCACAGUUCCUUCCUUCCUUCCUUCCUUCCUUCCUUCCUUCCUUCCUUCCUAUCCUUCCUAUCUAUCUAUCUAUCUAUCUAUCUAUCUAUCUAUCUAUCACAGUUCCUUCCUUCCUUCCUUCCUUCCUUCCUAUCUAUUCUAUCUAUCUAUCUAUCUAUCUAUCUAUCUAUAUCACAGUUCCUUAUCUUAUCUAUCUAUCUAUCUAUCACAGUUCCUUCCUUAUCUAUCUUCUAUCUAUCUAUCUAUCUAUCUAUCUAUCACAGUUCCUUCCUUCUUCCUUCCUUCCUUCCUUUCUUCCUAUCUAUCUAUCUAUCUAUCUAUCUAUCUAUCUAUCUAUCUAUCUAUCAUCACAGUUCCUUCCUUCCUUCCUUCCUUCCUUCCUUCAUUCCUUCCUCCUUCCUUCCUUCCUAUCUAUCUAUCUAUCUAUCUAUCUAUCACAGUUCCUUCCUUCCUCCCUUCCUUCCUUCCUUCCUUCCUUCCUUCCUUCCUAUCUAUCUAUCUAUCUAUCUAUCUAUCUAUCUAUCUAUCUAUCUAUCUAUCUAUCUAUCACAGUUCCUUCCUUCCUUCCUUCCUUUCCUAUCUAUCUAUCUAUCCUUCCUAUCUAUCUAUCUAUCCUUCCUUCCUUCCUAUCUAUCUAUCUAUCUAUCUAUCUAUCUAUCUAUCUAUCUAUCACAGUUCCUUCCUUCCUUCCUCCCUUCCUUCCUUUAUUCAUUCAUUCAUAUCUUCCUUCUUUUCUUCCUUUUGUCUUUAGUUUUUGAUUUCGUUGUCUUUUAA